GCCAUCAGCCAGGAACUCGUAUCCCCACAAACUUGUACCGCCGUCGCUCAUUUCAAUCACGUAAGACCCUUAAUGGCGUUGUCCGGGAGAGGGUGUUACGUAUAUCUGUACAAGCUUUACUGACAAGCCAGGAUUGUUGUUAUUUGUCUUAACUGUAGAGCCACCAAGGUGUUGCCUAAGAGAGUUUAAGCACGCCGAUAUUGCAAAGGGUUAUUAGAUUCAUAAGUCAGCGAAGUGGUGGGCGAUCUACUGAGCACAGCAGAAGUUCUCAUAUGAUGACUUCAAACAAGACACAUUACCUACCAGCAUCUGUUGGAGUGAGUGGAUAUUAAGACACUUCUAUCUCCAGGACAGCGUAGGGGAAAAUGCACGUUGGACAGAGGCACCGGAGUCGUGCAUGGACUAAAACGCCGAGUGGACGCCAACUCUCUUUCUCUCUUUUCCCAGUCCCCCUUUGCCAAACCUGGGAUUGUUUUUUCAACUUUUGUUCCACCAGGUUAGAAGAGUGAUGACCAUCCUGUUCCUUACUAUGGUUAUUUCAUACUUUAGUUGCAUGAGAGCUGCGCCCCUGAGAGAUGCCCCGGGCAUGCGGGGCCAUCGGACGGAAGGGUACUUGGGCGCUGCUGCGACGGCUGCUCGAGGCCACGGGACUCCACAGAGUGGCGGUGGGCCAGGCCAGCGCGGGGAACUGCCCUCGCUCACGGACACGUUCGAGCAGGUGAUAGAGGAGCUGCUGGAGGUGGAGGGAGAGGCGGCGCAGCUGGGACAGGGGGCUGAUAAGAGCCAGGGAGGUGGGGGCCCGUCAUCUGUGGUCGCCACGGUGAACAAGGAUGUCGACCUGUACAACUCGCGGGUGAUGAUCAGCAACCAAGUGCCUUUGGAGCCGCCGUUGCUCUUUCUUCUGGAGGAAUAUAAAAACUAUCUGGAUGCCGCUAAUAUGUCCAUGAGGGUGCGGCGACACUCAGAUCCCUCGCGGCGUGGCGAGCUCAGCGUGUGUGACAGUAUUAGCCAGUGGGUGACAGCUGUGGAUAAAAAGACGGCAAUAGACAUGUCUGGGCAGACAGUUACCGUCAUGGAAAAGGUCCCGGUCCCCAAUGGCCAACUGAAGCAAUACUUUUAUGAGACCAAAUGCAACCCCAUGGGGUACACAAAGGAGGGCUGCAGAGGAAUAGACAAGCGGCAUUAUAACUCCCAAUGCAGGACAACCCAGUCCUACGUGCGAGCGCUCACCAUGGAUAGCAAAAGGAAGAUUGGCUGGCGGUUUAUAAGGAUAGACACUUCAUGUGUAUGCACAUUGACCAUUAAAAGAGGGAGAUAGUGUAUAAAAUGUAUAGAUUUUAUUGAAGAGUUUAAAAAAGAGAAUAAAGAGAAAAUAUCUAUUUGUAUAUAUACAUAACAGGGUAAAUUAUUCCGUCAAAUGAAAAUUUUAUGGACUGCAUGUAAAAAAAGAUGAAGUUUAUACAGUAAAAGUGAUACUACAGUCUAUUUAUUGAACAUAUUCAUGACCUUGUAAACAAUUAAAAAAAAUCUGAUCAGUCAUUUGCGCCCAGUUUAAAUUACUAUAUCACAUUACUCAAGACAUUGUGAAUUGUUUACGUUGCCAAGAAUUAGAAAAUGAAGGGAAAAAACAGGCAAGGAAUGAGAGGACAGUUCCAUCUUCUAAAGCUUGCAUGCUGCUUCAAUUGUGAAUUGAGAAAUUCUCCACUAAAGAAAAAAAAAGAAAAAAAAAAAAAGGAUAUGAUGCUGACCAUAAAAAAAGAAAAAAAAAUCAGUUUACAUAUUCAGCAGAAGAAAUUCCUCUCCAGUAAUUUAUCUGUUUACUGUUCUAAACUUCUCAAGGUAAUGUUGGAAUUACAUACUAUGUCAAGGUGCUGUUGUCAAAGCUUUGCUGUUUAUUUUUUUAUCCCAACCAGAAGAC